AUGGCAGGCCAAGGUCAGGAAAGAUACCCGGCCGGACAAUUUCCCGGUCAAGCUCAGAUUAGGAAGGAUGACUGUGUAACCCAACCAUCCAACGUCCAUAACUAUGGGCAAGAUCCAAACUUCCUUCAACAGACUGGGGAACAAGUGAAGACCAUGACACAUGGAGCAGCAAACAUUGUGCAGGGGGCUGCACAAGGUGCUGCUAGCGUAGCACAAGGAGCAGCAGUAGGAGCUGCAAACAUAGCACAGGGAGCCGCUGAAGCGGUGAAGAAAACUCUGGGGAUGAACACUGAAAACAGCCCCAACCACACCGGCAACCCAAACCAUCCUGGCAGCACCAACACCAACACCAACACCAACACCAAUUAUUCAGGCAACACUGACUAUCUGAGCAACACCGGUUGCCCCGGAAAUGCCGAUUACCCAAGCAACACCGGUCACCCCCGCAACACCAGCCACCCAAGCAACCCAACUACCAGAAUUUGA